AUGGAACAAGAAUUAACUCAAAUUAUAAACUUAUUAACAUCAAAUGAACUACCGACGACAUUAACUGGAUUGGAACAAACCCAUAAAUUGUUGAUGAGUUUAUUACCAUCGAUUAAACAGUAUCAAAAUUUAUUAACGAAUACCAAUAAUAGUGCAUUAAUGUAUAAUCAACGUCAUAUAAAGCAAAAUCGAGAUUUACAACAAUUGAUACAAUUUCAAAUUUUACAAGAUAAUUUCCAAUAUAAUUUAUUACAAUAUCUAUUACCAAUUUAUGAUAAAUACGAAUUAACUUUAAAUGAUUAUUUAUUAAGUAAUCAAAUAAUUCAAGGUAUAUUAUUAAUUCAUCCCAAUUCUAAAAGAAUAUUUAGUAUUAAUCAUCAUAAUAUGAAAAUUAUUCUUGAUUUAUUAGAUGGCUGCAACAAUACCAACAACAACAAUAAUAAAGAUUCUGUUAAUGAUAAUAUGAAAUUAUCCAUAUCACUAAUAUCUACUUUAAUUCAUAUUUUAUUGAAGAAUUAUGAUAAUUAUCGAAUAUUUGAAGAUUUAAAUGGUUGUAGUAUAUUAAUUAAACAUUUUAAAUUGAGUUCAUUUGAAAAUAUUAAUGAUCAAAACAACACCAACACUAACACUAACAGUAAUAAUAACAAUAAUGAAGAUGAAGAAUUAAAUAAUAAUUUGAAUUUCAAAAUUAUUGAAUUUUUAAUGCUUUAUUUGUCAGAAGAAAUUGAUAAUAGUGGAGGAGGUAAAUCAAUUCAAGAAAAAUCACAAUUCUUCAUUAAUGAUUUCCCGGAAAUUGAUUCAUUAAUUGAAAAUCUCAAUCAAUUAAAUAAUUUAUAA